CUUUUGUUGUCACACUGGAAGAAAAUGGCUGCUGCUGUGAGUUUUUUUUCAAUGAAGGCACUGAAAUAAUAUCUUGUUUCUUGCAUUGGAGUUACGAUCUAUAAUAAUGCAACUCAUAAGGGUUUGAAUGGUCGCUAUAUGGAGGUGACGGUGUGGGGCUAAGGACAGCUAAGUCUCCUGCUGACCAUCACUCACCCAAAUACCGGUUGGCAGACCACAAUGCAACACGUUUUGGAAUAUGCAUUGGAUCGGGCUGAGUACAUUGUUGAAAGUGCUCGUCAAAGGCCAGCGAAGAGGAGAGCCUCAUCCGGAGGGAAGAAGAGUUUAUACCAGAAACUAUACGAGCUCUACAUCGAAGAGUGUGACAAAGAACCAGAGCUCAAGAAGCUGCGUAGGAAUGUGAACCUGCUGGAGAAGCUCAUGUGUCAAGAGUCGGUGUCGUGUCUGGUCGUCAACCUCUACCCCGGUAACCAGGGUUACUCCCUCAUGCUCCGCGGCAAGAAUGGAUCUGACUCUGAGACGAUCCGUCUGCCGUAUGAGGAAGGCCAGCUUUUGGAGUACCUUGAUGCUGAGGAGCUUCCUCCUAUCCUGGUGGAUCUCUUAGAGAAGUCCCAGGUGAACAUCUUCCACUGUGGCUGUGUGGUAACAGAGGUCAGAGACUACAGACAGUCUGGCAACACUAAGAUGCCCUCCUUCCAGAGCAGACACGUCCUGCUACGGCCUACCAUGCAGACACUGAUCUGUGAUGUCCAUGCCAUGACCAGUGACCACCACAAAUGGACUCAGGAUGAUAAGUUCCAGUUAGAGAGCCAGUUACUGCUGGCCACAGCUGAUCCUCUGUGUCUGGAUCCGUCGAUCUCUGUCACCUGUACAGCCAAUCACCUGCUCUAUAACAAGCAGAAGAUGAACACUCACUCUAUGAAACGUUGUUUUAAGCGUCACUCUCGGGCGGCGUUGAACCGUCAACAGGAGCUGUCCUACCUGCCCAUGCCCCCCCAGCUGCGUCUCUAUGACUACCUGCAGAGGAGGAAGGAGAGGAAGCCUGCCCCCUCGAUAGACCUGAAGAUCUCCAAGGCCGGAAACUGUGUGGACAUGUGGAAGCAGAGCAACUGCCAGCUGACUGUCCCCAAGGAGAUUGAUGUGGAGAAAUAUGCAGUGGUGGAGAAGUCUGUGAAGCUAGAGGAAUCUCAACCCACUGUCUGGCCUGCAGAGGAAGUGAUAGAUGACUAUACGUUUGAGUGUGAGGUUGGGGGUAAGACCCAGAGGACCAAAGUGUCCAUCUUCCAGUCGGUGGGAGACCCUCUGGUCUACGGAAAAAUCUACUGCGCCAAACAACCCAAGGCUGAGGAGGACAGCAGCGAUCUUCAGCUUAUACACCCAGCUUUCCUAAUAGGCUCAAAGAUAGAUGCCGAUCGGUUCCUGUCUCAGUAUAAGGGUGUGUAUGAGUCAGACGUGAAGUGCCAGGUGAAGAUGUCUCAUAACUCAGGAUUCGUGGGACAGAACCGUCUCUCACCCAGCAGAGAGACAGAGGCGGAUGGUCUAUCAGCCCUGGUUCAGUCGUCAGGUGUGUUGGGGAAGGGGGUGAAGCACCGGCCUCCCCCUAUCAAACUACCCUCCGCGUCGGGCAGCAGCUCCAUGGGUAACCUGUAUAGUUCAUCCCAGGCUACCAGUGGUCUCCUUAAGUGUCCUACCCCCCCUCCAGGAACAGGCCCUGGCUCAGUCAAGCCCCAGUCUCUGAGUAGGAAGCACUCUGUGGAGCUGGGACAGGGGUUACAGCUGGGGGGGCAGUUAGGACAGGUGGGGUUGUUGUCCCCGGCAGCCCUAUCUCCCAUGGGGUCGACACAGAGAUCGGGGACCCCCAAACCCUCCACCCCCACCAGCACCCCCUGUUCCACCCCUCACCCCCCGACUCCCUCCUCUCCCUCUGUCCCCUCCCGUCCUCUGUCAACCCCACCUCUGGAGCCCCAGGCCCUCCUGGCUCCGUACCCCCAGCAGCAGCUGUCCCUGUCCCAGGCUUUGCCCGUCAUGACCAUCCCUCUACCCACCAUGGGAACCUCCAUCCCAACGGGAACCACCUCCUCUCAGGUCAUGGCUAACCCUGCUGGACUCAACUUCAUCAAUGUGGUGGGAUCUGUCUGCAGUCCCCAGACUCUGAUGAAUUCUAGUCAAAUGUUGGGUCCUGGUCUCAACCUGAGUGGUCUAGGAGGACUGAUGCCUACCAUGCAACCAACCACACAAACAGGGAGUCCGUUUGGUUUGAACAGUAGUCCAGGCCUUAGACCCCUCAACCUGCUGCAGAUCCCUACAGGUCCUCUGAUCUUUAACUCUUUACAGCAGCAGCAGCUCUCCCAGUUCUCUCCUCAACCGAGUCAGUCUGCUACGUCCAGCCCACAGCAGCAAGGAGACAUGGGUGAUCAGGGGUCAGACCAGGGUAUGGGUGCUCAACAGACUGCUGUCAUCAACCUGACUGGAGUUGGAGGCUUCAUGUCCCCACAGACAGCAGGUAAGACCUCUGUCAUCAACCUGACUGGAGUAGAAGGCUUUAAGUCCUCAGACAGCAGUGCUGUCCCAGUUAGGCUGUGGUCUGGAUGGCUCUGGUCCCCCCCUGCCCUCUCCAAGGCUUCAGCAGCCGCAGAUACAAUUGCAAUUCUUGCACCAAAUGCAGCAGCAAAUGGCUAUGAGGGGGGCGGGGUCUCUGGGGGCGUCGCCACGGCUACAUACCGCCAGCCAACCAAGAAGUAAGAGGAAGAGGAGCACACCGCAGCCCCACCCCUAAUCAUGACGACCUCCUACACACACACACACACACUCAUAAAAUGAAUGACCCUCAGCCAUCAAGUGAGCAAUGCCACGGCACCUCCCCAAAUCAUGGAGAGAAACCCCCCCUUCAUGAAGACAUGAAUGAUCCAAACUGCACUCUUUCCUCCCUCACUGUGGAGACUCUCUUCCCUCCCAACUCCCUCACUGUGGACUCUGUUGCCUCCCAACUCCCUCACUGUGGACUCUGUUGCCUCCCAACUCCCUCACUGUGGACUCUGUUGCCUCCCAACUCCCUCACUGUGGACUCUGUUGCCUCCCAACUCCCUCACUGUGGACUCUUCCCACCGAACUCCCUCACUGUGGAGACUCUCUUGCCCCCCCCCUGUCUCCCUCACUGUGGAGACUCUCUUGCCCCCCCCUGUCUCCCUCACUGUGGAGACUCUGUUGCCUCCCAACUCCCUCACUGUGGACUCUGUUGCCUCCCAACUCCCUCACUGUGGACUCUUCCCACCGAACUCCCUCACUGUGGAGACUCUCUUGCCCCCCCCUGUCUCCCUCACUGUGGAGACUCUCUUGCCCCCCCCUGUCUCCCUCACUGUGGAGACUCUCUUGCCUCCCAACUCCCCUCACUGUGGACUCUGUUGCCUCCCAACUCCCUCACUGUGGACUCUCUUGCCUCCCAACUCCCUCACUGUGGAGACUCUUGCCUCCCAACUCCCUCACUGUGGAGACUCUUGCCCCCCGUCUCCCUCACUGUGGAGACUCUCUUGCCCCCCGUCUCCCUCACUGUGGAGACUCUCUUGCCCCCCCUGUCUCCCUCACUGUGGAGACUCUUGCCUCCCCUGUCUCCCUCACUGUGGAGACUACAGGCAAAAAUACUUAUUGUUUGUCUUUUUGUAGCUGAGAGAAGAUGAAAUGUAUCAUGUAAUAAUGGAUAACACUUUCACCCAGCAGCAUAACACGUUAUGUCACGGUCAUAACCAUGCCAUAACACUGUCAUGACACAUAUUUAGACCUGUUGUGACAUAUAUUGCGUUAUAUGGCUGGUUAUGACACCUACAUUAAGUGUCAAAACAUUCCAUUGCACCAUAACCUACGUGUCAACAGUACAUUUAUGUUAUAACAUUUUCUGAAAUUUACCAUAUUAAAUAUUAAUUGUAAUUGCGUACACAUUGAUGUCAGACCAAGUCCAAUGCUCUGUUGCUGAUGACUCGGAUGAAAGCAGGAGCAGGACAAGACACCCUCUUUGUGACUGACAUAAGGACAUCUACGUGAAAGGACUGACUAUGACGGUCAUAAUGCUUCAUGAGUGUCAUAAAGUGUAUUUUCUACAAUAAAAAAAAAAAAACAUGACUAUAAAGAAUUCAUUACAACAAAGAAUUUAAAAAAAAUUAAAAAUAAACUU